AUGACGGCGAAGGACUCCAAGAAGUCCAAUAAACGGGCCAGGUCCGGCACAGCUAGUUUCGACGCCCACCCUAUCGUCAAACGCAACAAGGUCGUCCAAGCUGAUCCAGCAGCUCAUUCACGGGGACCCCCCGCACUUAACUGGAACACUGCACACGCAGAUGGGUUGCCUCAUGCGGCUGGUGCGCACCAGGGGUAUCCCAUUGACCACUCUAGCUAUCAGACGCCAGUACCCAGACACGCUCAAGCUCCAUACGCGAUGCUUGGAUCUCCAGAGAUCCCCUUGCGACCGAAAUACAAGGGCUGGUCUUCAGAGACGGAGAUCACUGGAAGUGCCCUGCCGUCCGAGGAAGCCGCCGACGUCGCCAGCAAGGAUGACACCGACCGCUCUAAGCUCAAAGGCGCGAGUUGGCCCGGAAUGCGUGUAUUCGACUCCGCCACAGAAGCCCAGAAACGGAAGCGCAACCAGCGAAAGGACGAGUCUGUUCUGAGGCAGAUGAAGCAAACCUCGGCCGAAGUGGAACCGACGGAGAGCGUUUGGUCCGAGAAUGGAGAGCUGCAGAGAACGCGCGACAUAUAUGCCGCCCCUUCCAUUGACGGUAGCCCGGAGCCGAGCGUCCAUGCCGGAGACAAUCACAAGAAGAAAGAUGCCCACCAGGGCUCAACCAUGGCAACCGCACGUCAGACUCGAGCUUCGACCAGGAAGGCCCAAGCCAAGGAAGCCUCCAAGGGCAUGGGCAACAGCGAUGGCGGGAGUCAGAAGGACCAAGGCAUUCAGAACGGCAGUCGUGUCCCGGCGCAAACCAAUGGUGCGGGAGCUAACUACGACGUCUUCCGUGACACGGCAAUUCCAAGCCCUGGCCCUAUGGAGAGUCCUUUGGAUGGCGGAAGGUCCGUGAUAGUCCCUGAACCCGUGGGACUCGUCUCUGACCACAUCGACAACUUCGAGCAUCGCAGCCGUCCGGCGCUGCAGCCAAUGAAUUCCAACAUGUCGAUUCAAUCUCCCACUCCGACGGGUCUCAAGCCGUCAGCGGUUCCGUACUUUCACGGAGGAGUCAGCACUCAUAUCCAUCCCUUUUUCCAUCAUCAGAGCAUUGGCUCUAACACGCUUAACCCCCUGUCUCUUCAAUCUCGAACCGGAUAUCCCUUCCAUUCAUUCAGUGGCCAGGGCUUCGGAGACGAUAUCCUGCCGCAUGGCUCUGGAUUCCACCCAAUCAACACCCCAGGCGGCAUGGCCUUCAGCCCUUUCUCGGCUUCCGGGGAUAACAAUCCAUACGCUUCUUCGUCGGCCGGCCCUCAAGACACUCCAGAAUACGAUAUCUGA